AUGGACGACCCGCGUGCGGCCCACGACGACGCUUCAAGCCCCGGGCACGAGCACGACUUGAGCAGCUCGAACGAGUUCGUCCAGCGCCAGACGGACAAGAUGCACAGUCUGGACGACAGCGAGGACGUGUCGUUCCAUGGGUCAGCACCGUCGCAUCGCAGCAGUAACCACAGUGGGACGAGCGAGCUGUCGACCAAUAUGACGGUGUAUGAGAAGUUACAGGCGCUGGCAUUGGCGGGGAAUAUCAAGUUUGACGAACUAUCCACUUCGGGAGGUCCAUUGACCACUGAAACCACCAACGAGGCGAAAGACCGAGACGAGGAAGAAGAGGAAGAAGACGAUGACGAUAUUUACGAAAUCUCGUGGGACGGAGGACCGCUCGGUCUCUUGUUCAAGGCAAACGCCAGUGGUCAACCUGUGAUCCGAAGGGUGAACAAAAAAGGAGCGGCGACUGGAUUGCAAUACGCUCGGGCGGGAGAUGUUCUGGUUGCGCUGAACGGCGUGAGCGUCUCGGCCACACCAUUUAGUGAAGUGAUUGAACGACUCAAGGAGCCGGAGUUUCCUGUAAAGUUGGAUUUCAGGCCGUUGAAAUUGAGUGACUUGGCGUCUGCAGCAACGCCCAAGUGGGGGUUACCACGCACAGGCUCAUCGAUUCACAGUAGUGAUGCAGCGUCAGCGUUUUGUGGCUCGCCAGUGUCAUCGAGCGCGACGGUGGAUAUGCGUCACAAUCGAGGAGGGGGGUGGGGGGAUUCUUCACCCAUGUACAUGCAACAGGUGAAUGAAGCGCCGACGGAAGACCCGACGGAUGUGGAGUACGAUGUGGUAUGGAAUGAAGGUCCACUCGGCUGUGAACUGAAGCAGCGGAAUGGACAGCCUACCGUCAAGUCAGUAACGGGAACAGGUGUGACUCCGUCUGUGGCUCAGAUCGCAAUGGGGGAUAUUCUUGUUAGCAUAAAUGGAUUACGCGCCGAGGAGAUUGGGUUUAAAAGCACAGUGACGCUGAUGAUGCGAGCGACAAAGCCUGUGUACUUGCGGUUCCUCCGGGCUGGUGCUCGCCAAACACCGUCUGCUGGAAAAAGCCUCAGUGAUCUCAAACCAAGUUAUAGGGGGCCGCUGAGCAAUAGAGGAAUUCCACAGGAUGUUUCUGGACUCGGUGGGGGAGUGACAACGCUGGACUCGAAGCAGUAUACGGUGUUGUGGCGUGACGGGCCAUUAGGUAUUCAGAUUCGCACUUCUAGCCAAGGCCGUGUAGUCGUGGCACGGCUUACAGGUGCAGGCACGCCUAACGUCAACGAUACAGUGAAGCCUGGCGAUAUAUUCGUGCGUGUGGCCGGGGUUGAUGUUGACUCCUUGGGUAUUGCUGGCGCCUUUGAAAUGCUCAAAACAGUUCAGAAGCCUGUGGUGCUUGUUUUCCAGCGGCGCAGUCGUGACAAUUCUCGCUCGCAUUCACGCGGCAGACAUUCUGGCCUUCCUUCACCAGCACCAUUGCCGUCGUCUUCAGCUGUCCCUUCCUUCCGGCAGAUGCGUGAAGAGGAGGCGGCUGCAGCCGCUGUUGCAUCGGCUCGUCCACCCAUGCUACGGGCUGACAGUUGUGGCUAUAGCCCGGCUCGGCAAAGAAGCCAAAGCCGUGGUGGAUCGAUGAGGCAAUGUGGAGGUGCAUACUCGCACGACGCAGACAAUUCGUUUGCGGCAUCCGACGACGGUGCAAGCCAACGAAGCUACGACUAUCUUGGUGAUUCGCCGCGUUCACGUGCAUCUCACCAGCAUCCCGGCCUUUUCAAUGUUGACGAUGCCACUUCAGACGGUGGCAUACUAAACGCUUUACCGCCCCCACCGCCCUUUCCAGGCAUAAAUUAUCCUGAAUUAGGAGGCGUGAACAAUGAAGACGAUCCAGAGGAAGACGGUUUUCCGCCAGAUAUAUCCCGGGAUGAAAGUCCGUCGCUCACAGGUUUACCUCCGCCGCCAUCUUACAUGGACGUAUUCACGGCUUCCGGGCGUCCCCAAGACGAUAUUGUAGCAGUGCCCCCUCGCAGUAUGGAUCUUCAAGACAUCGUUGAAUUUGGAUCGGGCGAUGGGUUGUACCCCGGUCAACUAGAACGGCCUCCUCCUUUUGAAGCUCACAGCAAUGAACCCCUUCAACCUCUACCUCGAUAUUUAGAAGCACCAUUGCCUCCUGUCGAAGACACCCCGUCCCUAGUGGGCCAGCCAAGUCGACUUCAAGAGCUUCGGCGCCAGUACAUUGAAUCAGAGCGGCAACGCAACCUGCUGCAGAACGGUCAUGCUACGUUGGUGAGUACUUACUCCGAUAUCGAUGACUCUGGACUCGUGGUGCGCCAUCCAAGACAACCUUUUGAUGACAGCCUGGUAGCAAGUAGUGAGCCGUCUCCCCAGCUACCGCCACCAGAGUUGUGGGUUCGCUGGAGUGAAGGCCCACUCGGCAUCACGUUUAAACGCAAGAACGGGCAGAUUGUGGUGUCACGACUUACUGGAUCUGGUUAUUCUCCGGGGCUGACACAACUUCGUCCUGGUGACUGGCUGGUGUCGUUCAGCAACCAACCCACGCGCAGCCUACGACUUGGCGAAACAAUGGAACUGCUGAAGCGCUCGCCGAAGCCUGUCGACAUGUGCUUUAUCGUUCAGUAA